GCCCUGGGCAGCUCCAUGCUGGACGAUGCCCUGGACAGCAGCGCAUACUGGGGCGGGGAGCUCUCCACCAGGAGGAGGAGAGGCACCGGCGACACUGAGUCCAGCAAGAUCAACGGACUGCUGGAGAGCAAGACGUACGACACCUACGCCUCUUCGUCUGGGUACUCCUCGGAAGACGACUACGGCGGUCGCUUUUACUCAGGCCAGAGCAGCUCCGGAUCGGGGCUGAGGACCGCAGCCUCCCGGGUGGGCUCCUUCCUCUGGCAGGUGCUCACCUCCCCGGUUCGGUUCGUGGCGUGGCUGCUCUCGGGGCUGGCGGCUGCCUGGCACCGCCUCACUGGCACGGAUCCCCGCCUGGGCAGCGUCCCCUUCUCCAGGCGCUACCCGUGGCUGAAGAGGUCCCUGCUCCUGCUGCUGCUCCUCUUGCUCCUCGCUGCUGCUGCCUACGGAGCUUGGUACUUCUACCCGUACGGGCUGUCGACGCUCAGCCUGCCCACCUUCCCGUGGUGGGGAGCUGGGAAGCUUUCCUCCUCUGAUGUGCCUGGGGCAGGGGACCUGACCGCUCUGGACCAGGUGAGGCUCAGCAAAGGGGACCUGACCGCUCUGGACCAGGUGAGGCUCAGCAAAGGGAUGGAGCAGGGGGAACACCUUCCCUCUCCUGGGAAGCCGCAGAUGAAGAAGAUGCCAAUGACCCUGGGGACUGGCUCGGCGCAGGAGGGCCUGCGAGGGAGCUUCCAGCAGGAGACGGGCAGGCUGGAGCAGGAGGUGGCAGCGCUGCGGAGGGAGCUGGCCGGCCUCAGGUCGGACCAGGAGGUGAUGGGCAAGCAUGUGGAGGGGAUGGUGGAGCAGCUGAAGGCGGUGUGGGCUGAUGUGGAAGCGCAGUUCCCGGCGUGGGUCAGCCGGUUCCUGUCGCAGCCCCAGCGGGACGGCACCGCCAGCCUCGUCCUCCAGAGGGAAGAUCUCCAAGCAGAGCUCCAGGCCCUGGAGCGCAAGAUCCUGGACAAAGUCCUGGAGGACCGGAGGCUGUCGGCACAGGAUGCUCAGGCCGGCAUCGGAGUGGCCCUGCAGCAAGGGGGGACUGCAGGGGUGACGGAGGAGCAAGUGCACCUCAUCGUGGGUCAAGCCCUGAAGCGCUACAGCGAGGACCGCGUGGGGAUGGUUGACUAUGCCCUGGAGUCGGCAGGGGCCAGCGUCAUCAACACCCGCUGCUCGGAGACCUACAAGACGCGGACGGCAGUGCUGAGCUUGUUUGGCAUCCCCCUGUGGUACCAGUCGCAGUCCCCCCGUGUCAUCCUGCAGCCAGACGUCAACCCCGGGAACUGCUGGGCUUUUCGUGGGUCCCAGGGCUUUGCCGUCAUCCACCUCUCCAGCAUCAUCCGCCCCACGGCCGUGACGCUGGAGCACAUCCCAAAAGCCCUCUCGCCCCAGGGGACCAUCCCCAGUGCCCCAAAGGAUUUCACUGUCUACGGCCUCCAGGAGGAGGGAGAGGAGGAAGGCCUUCUCCUGGGGCAGUUCACCUACAACCACGAUGGUGACCCCAUCCAAACAUUUUACUUGGAGGGUGAUGCCGUGGGCACGUACCAGCUGGUGGAGCUCCGGGUGCUGAGCAACUGGGGCCACCCCGACCACGCUCAGGCUACCGCAGUCUCCAAGGCAAAGCACCCUCGUCUCCAGACCACGCUCCUCACCUCUCUUGCGCCGCUUAAUGCUCCUGGAGUGCUGGUGCUGGCAUCGGGAGACGCGCUCUCCCCGCCCGGAGACCUGCUGUCGCUCAGUCGGCUUGAAAGCCUACCUCGAGUCGCAAGGUGA